UCCCUGGGGUGUCUCGGGAGAGCGCACGGUUUCGGGGAGCUCGGGGCUGYCAUUGGGGUGUCCCGGGGGUCUCAKCCCGGCGCCCCCUCCACAGGUCGCAGCAUCGCCCCGAAGAAGCUCCGUGUGAUCCAACAGCAGAAGCUGAAGAAGCGCCUGGAGGUCGGGAUCCGGAUGCGGAUCGAGCGGGAGACGGUGCAGCGAGCGCAGGGUGCUCUUCCCAAAAAGCUGGCCCUGGUCACAGCCCCCCCCGCCAAGGGCAAAGCCAAGAAGGGCCGGGGCUGAGCCCCCCUGGGGAACACCCCCYGAACCCCCCUCGAGACCUCCCCGAGGGUCUGGGGGAGUCCGGGCUGUUCCCAGCCCCACAUCGUUGUUUAAUAAAAGGGAUUUGUGGGCGGGGGUCCUCCCGCAUCCCCA